GGUGCCCUCGCUAGGUCGGUGUGUGUGCGCGGUAAAAUAAACUGUGUAUUGACUAUCUAUGUAUCGUUGCGGACGUGCGAUACUUUCAGUUGCCGCCCAUGGUGAGUUUCCCAAAUUUAAAUUCAAACUUUUGCUUAGUCGAGCGACCAGUUUGUGCGUGGCUUUUGGACCAUCAUCACCACUAUGACCGAUCUUCAGCCGCGUUUGCUAGUUCUGCUGUUGGUCUGUGCCAGCGUCUCCACCUCUCCGAUGCUGUACAAACUGAAUCCCGAAGAGAAGUACGAGGCAGACCUGGUGCCCGUCUCCUCCACUGUGAUUCCGCUGACAGUGCUGGAGGUGAGCUACGGAGCAGGUGGAAAGCCCAGCGAGGAGUACAAAGCGGCCUACCUUCGUAAGCUGCGCAAACAGGUGCUUCAGCGGACAGAGAACGUGGGCGUCGGCGCUGGCGUAGGCGAGGACGACGAGGAUGUCCUGAUCACAGUGAAGUCGCAGAAGCUGGAGAAGGCCAAAGUCAAGGCCGUUCCAGCCACGCAGGCGGACUGAAGUGUAGCAACUUGGUGCUGGUUUUCGAGCUGAUGUCAUGGCGUACUUGGCAUAAACAACAACUAACCGAAUCGCCGCAAAUCUUGUUUUGACUUGGGCCUAAUUGGGUGCGUGUGGGCGUGGUAGAUGACGCAGCUUGGUUGCGGCACACGUAGGUGCAAAGAGGCGAAAGCUAAGACGGAGUCGCAGAGUUGACAGGAAGCUGCUCGGAGCGGAAGGAUGUCUGUUGUCAACGAAAUCGAAUCAAAUAUAAUGAGCUUGGGCGAGGAAGCUCCCCAUUCGAUUGGGAUAACGACGGUAACGACGUUAGGAUAACCUCCACAGCUGCUGGGGGACAUUAGAAGCUGGUUUGAGUAAUUUCACCCUUGGUCAGAGGCUGCAAAAUCUGAGCAGCACAAAGGAAAGCGAGGCAUUAGGGAGCCAAAGAAGAAUUUCACAGGGAGGAGCCGAUGGGAAUGUCUGCUGGCGUGUGCGUGCUUUUGAGGCCAGUUAGUCAAUUCCCCCGACCGCCGCGCUCCCCCAUACCCAUCUCUUUAGCCUUUCUAGGACUCAGGUGAGACCUUCCUGCUAGGCUGCCUGUCCAAACAGAAGCUGACAAGCACAUCGGACUGCUCUUUUUCUUGCUGCUAUCUUUGAGCCCCUCCUGCUUUGUGCAGAGCCGUCAAUGUAGCUGUCAUGGGCAAGUCACAAGUUGCAUGGCCACUGAGGAACGUGUCACCACCAGGAGCCAUCCGUGCCUCCGUUCGCCCCAUGCACACCCACCUGAGAAGUGAACCCUA